CUCCUAUGGGAUACAGUGAUACAUUUAAAGAGAUAGAUUUACGCUGUGAAUGAGCCAGACACAGGAUCUCAGAUCUCGCCUCCAGCAGCCUCCGUUAAGAUGCUCAAGUCUAGGAAACUCAACAGAACUACCACCGUGGAAGACCGAAAGAUCCAGAUGCAUAAGUUGAGAUAUGAAAAGCGCUAUACUCCACUGCCACUGAUGUUUGCCAUCUGCUGCCUGAGUGCCCUCCACCUUUCGUCAGGUUUCCCACAAGCAUUGCCACACUAUAUGGAAAAUUUUGACAUCCCUGAAAGUGAGAGACUAGCAUUCUGCUUCAGCCAGUGGAUAGCAUUGCCAGAUCAACCACAGAUUUCCAGUUUUGUUAUGGACCUUUGUAGCUCCAUCUAUAAUAGAAUGAAAGUUAAUGAGGAAAAUAACCAAGAAAUAUACAAAAGAUUUUUAUUUCACUACUCCAGAGCACAGGACCCUGCUCUUAAAACAGGGGAAUCACAGAUAACCACAGAAGAAUUUACAAAAAAGGAUAGUUCUGGUGCUAUGGGAAGACCCUUUUUUCUUUUCAGGCCUAGAAAUGGAAGAAAAGUUUCCAUAGAUGAACAUUAGUAAAUUAAAAAAGGUACUCUGCUUCAGAAUCCACUUAAAAUGUGCUGCAUGGACCGGAUAAGACUUAUAACACAGCCCUCAUUAUUCUACAAUAAAA